CUCCACUGCUCGCGGAUGCCUUCCCCCGCUUUGACGGGGUUACUCUGCGGCGCGGGGCCGGACGGCGGUAAGGGCCGCUGUCGUGGGGUUUCGCUGUUCGCCGUGGGGAGGUGCUGCUUCUCCUCCAGGGGUUCGUUUGAGUUCGGCAGACCCUGACAGUGAUCCUGCGGUGGUUACCACGCAGCGGGCGCAGCUCAUCUUGGUGGGUCAGCCAUCCGCCUUUAAGACCGCAAAGGUGUCGCGGGGCAGCAAGUCGCAGUCCGGUGACAUAUGGUACCCUGGAAGGAGAUUGCCACUCUCUUCCCCCGCCCUGCCGCGAUCCUCUGCGCCGCCGUCCUGCCAUCCGGCCCGGUCUCUGCUCAGCGGCCGCCCUCUGAGGGCCUUUCUCGCCCCGCACCUGGCCCUGAGGUAACGGGCACCCGACGCUGACACAGGGCAGGAUUUUCAGCUUGAGAUCUGUGUGCUUGUGCUGAUUUUCCGAUGAAGUACAUCCUGGUAACUGGUGGUGUCAUCUCAGGCAUUGGCAAAGGGAUCAUUGCAAGCAGCAUUGGCACCAUAUUGAAAUCAUGUGGUCUACGUGUCACUGCAAUCAAGAUUGAUCCUUACAUAAACAUAGAUGCUGGAACCUUUUCACCAUAUGAACAUGGUGAAGUUUUUGUAUUGAAUGAUGGUGGAGAAGUUGAUUUAGAUUUGGGAAAUUAUGAGAGAUUUUUGGACAUCAAUCUCUAUAAAGACAACAAUAUCACCACUGGAAAAAUUUAUCAGCAUGUCAUUAAUAAAGAAAGACAUGGUGAUUACCUGGGGAGAACUGUUCAAGUUGUUCCACACAUCACUGAUGCAGUUCAGGAAUGGGUAAUGAAUCAGGCAAAAGUUCCAGUGGAUGAUGACAGAAAAGAACCACAAGUUUGUGUAAUUGAGCUUGGUGGAACUAUUGGAGAUAUUGAAGGAAUGCCAUUCAUUGAAGCAUUUCGACAGUUUCAGUUCAAAGCAAAAAAAGAGAACUUCUGUAAUAUCCAUGUUAGUUUAGUACCACAGCCUAAUGCCACUGGUGAACAGAAGACAAAACCAACACAGAACAGUGUUCGAGCACUGAGAGGUCUAGGUUUGUCUCCAGAUCUGAUUGUUUGUCGAAGUGCAAAACCUAUAGAAAUGGCAGUGAAGGAAAAGAUUUCCAUGUUUUGCCAUGUGGAGCCUGAGCAGGUCAUAUUUGUCCAUGAUGUAUCUUCCACUUACCGAGUACCAAUCCUGCUGGAGGAGCAAGGCAUCAUUAAGUAUUUUAAACAGAGGUUAAAUUUGCCUAUUGAUGACCAUCCAAGUGAUCUUCUAAUGAGAUGGAAGAAAAUGGCUGACAGAUAUGAAAGGUUGCUGAAGGUAUGUUCCAUAGCUCUCGUUGGCAAGUACACAAAACUAAGUGAUUGCUAUGCAUCUGUUUUCAAGGCUCUGGAGCACUCCGCACUGGCAAUUAAUCACAAACUGGAUUUAAUGUACAUAGAUUCAACAGAACUUGAACGUUCUACAGAAGCAGAGAACUCGGUGAAAUAUCACCAGGCAUGGCACAAACUGUGCAAGGCAGAUGGCAUUCUGGUCCCAGGAGGGUUUGGAAUUAGGGGAACAGAAGGCAAACUCCAGGCUAUUUCCUGGGCAAGAACAAAGAAAAAACCCUUUCUUGGAGUUUGCCUGGGAAUGCAAUUAGCAGUUGUGGAAUUUGCGAGAAACUGUUUGAAUUGGGAAGAUGCUAAUUCUACAGAAUUUGACCCAGACACAAAAAACCCUGUUGUUAUUGACAUGCCAGAACACAAUCCUGGAGAUAUAGGUGGAACGAUGAGACUGGGGAAGAGGAAGACUGUUUUCAAAACACAGAAUUCCAUUUUAAGGAAACUUUAUGGUGAUGAAAUGUUUGUGGAGGAGCGGCACAGGCAUCGAUAUGAGGUGAACCCAGAGCUGACUCACUGCUUUGAAGAGAAAGGUUUGAAAUGUGUUGGCCAUGAUACAGAGGGGAACAGGAUGGAAAUUAUUGAACUGGAGAAUCACCCAUAUUUUGUAGGAGUUCAGUUCCACCCAGAAUUUUCCUCAAGACCUAUGAAACCUUCACCUCCAUACCUUGGACUGUUGCUAGCAGCAACUGGGACACUCAGUGCCUACCUGCAACGUGGAUGCAAAUUGUCUCCAAGUGACAGCUACAGUGACCUCAGUGAUGACAGCUCUCUAGAAAAAGAGUUUCCUAAUUCAGAAAAAGCUGAAAUGAUUGUAUGACAGCACAGAAAUGGAUGAUGCUGUUGAGAAAGUUGGGAACUGUUCAAUACUGAAGAGGAGAAAGUAGAAGAGUAAGCUGCUUGUGAUCCUCAUAGUGUUUCCACCUGUCAUGUUGCUUUAUUGAUGACAGUUUCACUCUCUUGUAGCAAAAACUGUUCUGUAUAAAUGCUCUUUCUCUUUAAAAAUGACAAAAUGGUUGUGCACCUUAGCUGUUAAUCAUUACUGAUCAUGUCCUAUGUUUCAGAGUGGCCUCAGGUAAAUACGUAUUAAUUCACUAGUUCACAACUGUUCUUGAUUUGAAGGAAGAUUUGAUUGUUUUCAAUUCGCCUUAGAACAGUAAGAUGCAUUGGUUCUUAUGAAGGAGAGGGAAUGCACUAAAAAAAUUUGAGGAAAAAUUGUUUUAUCCAUGAGCAAUAGAGAACUGUUUCGAGAUUGUUUUGCUAUUAAGCUUGUUUUAUAUGUUUUUUUUUACUUUUUUGCUCUUUAGUAUGUACAAAUAAAAAUUUGUUGCUGUAUUUCAGCUCUUUCUGAUUAUAAAACCUGAUGUCGGUUAUACCUCUUUUCACUUUGCUUUUAUAAGUGAUUUCACUUUUGAAAAGUUCAAGUUUGAUUUUCUCUUUCUCCUGGAAGUCUGACAAUACUGAACAUAAUUGUGAUCUACAAAAUUACAGAAGUAGAACGUAUUUUUAUUUGUAUUUUGUAAGAGAGAAAUUAAAUACACUUAUAUGUUAAAAUGUAAUUUGAACACUUGUGUGGAAAUUGUAGAAGAACCAAUCAUAAACCUGGAGCAUUAUCUGGACUCCAGCCAUGUAACACUCAGUUAAUUUCAAUAACUGAGUAUGAAGGUAAAUUACGGUUCACUCUUGUUUUCUCUCAUCCAGUGACCACUCCAUGGUCAUGGCAUUCUUUCCCCAGUAGAAUAAAACAAUUUAUUUUAAUAUAGAAAUCACAAGUUGUUGCACUGUAUGACAGUUACAGGCACCCUUGCAAUACCAGGACUGCAGCCUGAAUCACUGGCACAGAAAGGGAAUGCGAGAGCUGCUGUACCAUGUUUAAGGCUGAAUCCUAUUAGCCCUGUAGCAUCAUCAGACUUGUCAAGAAGCUGGACCCAAGCUAUGUAACUGACAGGAUCCAAAUACCUGGGCCAGCUUUUCCUACAAAGAAAACUUUGGAAUUUUGAGCUUUGUGUUUCGUUGGUUUUGGGCAAAAUGAUUUUUACUUCACCAAAAGGUAACUAUCUGUACAAAAAUAAAAAAGCUGUUAUUACAGCUUUGUAAAAUAGUAAGCUUAAAAACUUUGCAUUGCUUUAGAAAAUCUCAGGUUACACAGUUUAUCCCUUCAGUAAAAGAAGCUUCAAUGGUAAUAAAAUAUAAAAUGUAUUCCUAUGGAAGGGUUUUUCUAAAGUGGUUUGCAAAUGCGUGCCUUAGAAAUAGCAGGUAUUGCCAGAAUUGGUGUCAUUGUAUGUUUUCCCCAAUGAGAGACACUUUUGUGAAAG